GUCGCGCUGCCACCGCUGUGUGUGGGGAGGAGAAGCCGGGAUGGAGGACGAGGAGUUGGACUUGGCCGACGAGCUGGAGGCCGCCUUGCAGCUGGCGCCGGAGGUGCAGCUGGCCAUUGAGCAGGUAUUCCCCAGCCAGGAUCCACUGGACAGGGCUGACUUCAAUGCUGUGGAAUACAUCAACACCCUUUUCCCAACCGAGCAGUCUUUGGCCAAUAUUGAUGACGUAGUGAACAAGAUCAGGUUGAAAAUAAGACGAUUGGAUGAUAAUAUUCGGACUGUGGUGAGAGCCCAUACCAAUGUGGGGCAAGAUGGCCGCGAGGCUCUUGAAGAGGCCCAGAAAGCCAUUCAGCAGCUCUUUGGUAAGAUUAAAGACAUUAAGGAUAAAGCGGAAAAAUCGGAGCAGAUGGUUAAAGAAAUCACCCGCGAUAUCAAGCAGCUUGACCACGCUAAACGCCACCUGACCACCUCCAUCACAACGCUGAACCAUCUCCACAUGUUAGCUGGGGGAGUGGAUUCGCUGGAGGCCAUGACCAGGAGGCGGCAGUACGGGGAGCUGGCCAACCUUCUGCAAGGGGUUGUGAACGUGCUGGAACACUUCAACAAAUACAUGGGGAUCCCGCAGAUCCGACAGCUUUCGGAAAGGGUGAAGGCAGCCCAGGACGAGCUCGGGCAACAAAUCUUGGCUGAUUUUGAAGAGGCGUUUCCCUCUCAAGGCACAAAGCAGAGAUCUGCUGGCCCCAGCAACGUUCUCCGCGAUGCCUGUUUGGUAGCCAACGUCUUAGAUCCCCGGAUCAAGCAAGAAAUCAUCAAGAAGUUUAUUAAGCAGCACCUCUCAGAGUAUCUGGUGCUGUUCCAGGAAAACCAAGACGUUGCUUGGCUAGAUAAGAUCGACCGGCGUUAUGCCUGGAUAAAACGCCAGCUGGUAGACUAUGAGGAAAAAUAUGGCCGGAUGUUCCCAGCAGAAUGGUGCAUGACAGAACGAAUUGCAGUGGAUUUCUGCCAUAUUACAAGGAUGGAGCUGGGAAAGAUCAUGCGCGCCCGAGCGAGAGAGAUCGAGGUGAAGCUGCUCCUCUUCGCCAUCCAGAGGACGACCAACUUUGAAGGACUGCUGGCCAAACGCUUCUCUGGCUCCACGCUGACAGAGACGGUGGUGAAAAAGCCCGACCCUCCACCACCCUCCACCAACCCUUUCCUGGAGGAUGAAUCUGUGCUGGAUGAGGAUGAAGCCCCGUCUGAAAAGGCUGAUGUUGAUAAACCGCAAAAGCCCAAAGUUCCAAACAAUCCAUUCCAUGGUAUCAUUUCUAAGUGCUUUGAACCCCAUCUGUAUGUCUACAUUGAAUCUCAGGAUAGAAACCUUGGAGAGCUGAUUGACCGGUUCGUGGGGGAUUUCAAAGCCCAGGGACCCCCCAAGCCGAACGUGGAUGAGGGCGGGGCCGUUUUGCCCAGCUGCGCCGACCUCUUCGUCUACUACAAGAAAUGCAUGGUCCAGUGUUCACAGCUGAGCACCGGGGAGCCCAUGAUUGCCCUGACCACCAUCUUCCAGAAAUAUCUGCGAGAAUACGCCUGGAAGAUCCUCUCGGGAAAUUUACCCAAGACCACAAGCACCAGCAGCAGCGGCCUGACCAUCACCAGCUUGCUGAAGGAGAAGGAUGGUUCCGAGGUGGCCAAAUUCACGCUGGAAGAACUCUGCCUGAUCUGCAGCAUUCUGAGCACAGCCGAGUACUGCUUGGCGACCACCCAGCAACUUGAAGAAAAGCUCAAAGAGAAAGUGGAUGCCAGCUUGGUCGAAAGAAUCACACUGAUGGGAGAGAUGGAUACUUUCAGCACAGUGAUUUCCAGUAGCAUCCAGCUUCUGGUACAGGACUUGGAUGGAGCCUGUGAUCCAGCCCUCACCGCCAUGAGCAAAAUGCAGUGGCAAAAUGUGGAGCACGUCGGGGAUCAGAGUCCCUACGUCACCUCGGUCAUCUUGCACAUUAAGCAGAACGUUCCCAUCAUCCGUGACAACCUGGCCUCCACCCGAAAGUAUUUCACCCAGUUCUGCAUCAAGUUUGCUAACUGUUUCAUCCCCAAGUUUAUUAACCACCUUUUCAAGUGCAAGCCGAUCAGCAUGGUGGGGGCCGAACAGCUACUGCUGGACACGCACUCCCUGAAAAUGGUCCUGCUAGAUCUGCCAUCCAUCGGCUCGCAGGUGGUGAGGAAGGCGCCCGCCAGCUACACAAAGAUCGUGGUCAAGGGCAUGACGCGUGCCGAGAUGAUCCUCAAGGUCGUGAUGGCCCCCCAUGAGCCCGCUGUGGUGUUUGUGGACAACUACAUCAAACUCCUGUCGGACUGCACCACCGAUACUUUCCAGAAGAUUCUGGAGAUGAAGGGUCUCAAGCGAAGCGAGCAAAGUAGCAUGUUGGAUUUAUUCCGUCAGAGGCUCCCGGCUCUUCCCUCGGGGGCGGAGAGUGGCGGCUGUGUCUCGCUGACGGCCCCCACGCCCGAGCAGGAGUCGUCGCGCAUCCGCAAACUGGAAAAGCUGAUCAAGAAGAGACUCUAGCCGGUCCCCCGCCGGCUUCUUCUGCAGCUUCUGAAGGCAUCGUGGUCCAAGCUUAGGGCGGGCUCCGGGUGUUCUGCCUUUGGGUCCGCACUGUCCCCUGUGGAGAGCGUUCUGGAGAGCAGAAAUCGGCGACAAGCUGUCUCUGGGUGCCCGGCGCCCUGUAGAUUGUACGGUGGACCUCCCUAACGAAUUUAAGCGUGCCCCAAAUCCCAGGACUAUUCUGACCUGUUGCAGGAUGUUGGUAUUCUCCAGAGCAGGGUUUCUCAACCAUGGCGACUUUACGAUGGGUGGACUUCAACUCCCAGAAUUCCCCAGCCACCCAUCUUAAAGUCGCCACGGUUGAGAAACCCUGCUCCAGAGACUUAGGGGUGUCCUCAACAGAAGUGUCAGAGAUGGGAUCCCUAGAAUUUUGCAAGGGCUUAUUUUAUUUUUAAGGUGUAGCCCCGUAGGACUGCCGACCUCUGCCUGUGCACAUCUGGAAUCUCCUUUUGUGACAGGCUAAUCUUUCUGAACACAGUUUUCUUUCCAAGAGCAGAGGGGUGUUUGAACACGCCAGACUCCUCAGCCCAGAAAGAACGCUGCCCGGCCUAGAUUUCAGUCAUUCUUUGAUGGCCCCAUCCCCUUCUUCAUCUGACUCCCACUCCUUCCUCUUUCCCUUGGUACCCAAUGGGUGUUUCCUCUCCUAGCUGUUUUCCGGCGUAUGACUCCCUGGUGUUUAUGCCUGCUGUCAGCAUCUUCAUCACAUAGACCGGUGUUUCUCAACCUUGGCUACUUUAAGCAGGGUGGACUUCAACUCCCAGAAUUUCC